AUGUACUUACUAUGGUUGAUGUGGUGUGUCGUGUUAACUGUCAGUGCAGGAUCUGUGGCAUUACUUUGUCGUAACUGCGGACGUGAGAUUGUCAAAGGUUCGGCACUUACCAAUGAAAAGAGUGUAAAAGCCAUACGUUCAUAUAAUAUGACCAUUUUGGGCCGCAAUCAACUCGUUCAAGUGUUCGAAAAUGGCGUCCCUGAAAAAUUUGAUGUGAUAACCGCUUCAAGCGCUGAACUGAGACUUGCAGGUAAGUCUCACCUAGCAGAUACUUGGUGGCCGAAUUAUGAGUGGACCGUUUGUGUGUGCCCCAGCUGCGGUUUUCAUUUGGGAUGGUAUUUUCAGUCAGGUAAUAUUCAAUCAAAGGUGCAUAAAUCAUUCGUUGGACUUGUGCUAGAUUACUUAAUCAGUGAAGAAUAUGUUGAUUUGUUGACGUGGGUGCCAUAG